AUGACCAAGUUCAUAGCAAGUGCAAAAACGAGAUUUCAGAACCAAGAGGCAUCAAUCAAGAACUUGGAAACUCAAGUGGGGCAGUUGGCACAGAUGAUAUCUUCUAGAGUCCAAGGCGCUUUACCCAACAAUACUGGAGCAAACCCAAGAGAGCAGUUGCAAGCCAUUAUUUUGAGGAGUGGUAAGGAGCUGCAAGAGGUGGAGAAGAAGGCAAAGGAAGAAGGUAAGGUGAGUGCAACCCUAGAAACCGAAAAGAAGGAGAAAGAGCAAUCUAAUUCAAAGAAAGAGAAAAGUCAACAGCCGCAAGUACCAUUUCUAAAUAGGCUAAGGCAACACAAAUUGGAAAAGGAAUUCGAUGCUUUAGCCCAGAUGCCACACUAUGCAAAGUUCCUGAAGGAGAUAUUGGCAAACAAAAGGAAACUGGGAGAYRUGGCUACASWUGCAUUGAAUGAAGAAUGCUCAGCAAUCCUCCUCAACAAGCUGCCUCAGAAAUGGAAAGAUCUAGUUAACAAGUGGGCCGAUCCCCUUGAACUAUGCAUACAAGAAGGAGAAGCCAUAAUGGGAGGCAACGAAGAGAUGCAAAGCAUGGUGGCAUAUCUGAAUGCCAAUCCGCAGUUUCAAGGGAAGAUGUUCAUUAAGUUGGAGAGCUUGGACAGACCCUCGAUGCCAAAAAGAAAGUUUUCAAUCGAAGAGCCGCCCACCCUUGAGCUGAAGCAACUCCCACCACAUCUAGAGUAUGCUUUCUUAGAAAGAACCAUCGGCCCUACCAGUGAUCAUAUCAGCAGCCUUUACCCCUUUGCAGAAAGAAAAACUGUUGCGGGUGUUACGGGAACACAAGACAGCUUUGGCUUGGAAGAUAGCAGACAUCAAGGGCAUCAACCCAUCCAUAUGCACUCACAAAAUUCUGAUGGAAGAUGGAAGCAAGCCCUCGGUUCAGCCCCAAAGACGCCUGAACCCGAACAUGAAGGAUGUGUACUCAAGCGGUGCAAGGAAACUCAUCUAGUGCUGAACUGGGAGAAAUGCCAUUUCAUGGUGCAAGAAGGCAUUGUGCUUGGACAUAAGGUUUCACAAAGAGGGAUUGAGGUUGACAGAGCCAAGGUGGAGACAAUUGAGAAGUUGCCACCACCAACAUCCGUCCGGUCUAUGAGAAGCUACUUGGGACAUGUAGGAUUCUAUAGAAGGUUCAUCAAAGAUUUCUCCAAGAUAGCUAAGCCGUUGUCCAAUUUUCUUCAGAUAGAUGUGCCCUUUGAGUUCACCAAGGAAUGCUUCGAAGCGUUCAACAUCUUGAAGGACAAGCUGAGCAAUGCCCCGAUCAUAAUAGCGCCGGAUUGGACACUUCCUUUUGAAUUGAUGUGUGAUGUAAGUGAUUCAGUAGUGGGAGUUGUUUUAGGACAAAGAGUGAACAAACAUUUUCAGAUGAUUUACUAUGCUAGCAGGACCUUGAAUGGAGCUCAACAGAAUUACACCAUGACGGAAAAGGAAUUACUAGCGGUAUUUUUUUCUUUUGAUAAGUUUCGUUCAUAUUUGAUUUUGUCCAAAGUUAUUGUGUAUACAGAUCACUCGACACUUAGACAUCUACUUGCAAAGAAGGAUGCAAAGCCAAGGCUGAUCAGGUGGAUCCUGUUGCUACAAGAGUUUGAUGUUGAGAUCCAUGACAAGAAGGGUACCGAGAACCUAGCUGCAGAUCAUCUUUCCUGGUUAGAGAAUGCAGAUUUGGAAGGGAAGGUAGAUACAUCUCCUUGGUAUGCUGAUUUUGCCAAUUAUCUUGCUGGCAAUGUCCUUCCCUCUAACCUUUCAUAUCAGCAGAGGAAGAAAUUCUUCUCUGAUGUGAAACACUAUUUGUGGGAGAACCCCUUUCUGUAUAAACUUUGUGCAGAUCAGAUCAUUAGGAGGUGUGUCCCCGAUGAGGAGAUGGAGUCGGUACUCCAGUACUGCCAUGAUUGA